UCUCCUCCAGCUCUUUCUUGCUUGAGGUCAAACUUCGACAGUCAUCAUGGCAGACGAAUCAGACAUGCGCAACGAGCUUGCCGACCUGCAGACGCGCGCAGACCAGGUGACCGAUGAGUCUUUGGAGAGCACUCGGCGUAUGCUGGCUCUGGUGGAGGAGAGUAAAGAUGCCGGCAUCAGGACUCUGGUCAUGUUGGAUGAGCAGGGAGAGCAACUGGAGCGCAUCGAGGAGGGGAUGGACCAAAUCAAUAAGGACAUGAAGGAUGCAGAAAAGAAUUUGAACAAUCUAGGACAGUUCUGUGGUCUGUGUUCAUGUCCCUGUAACAAGAUUAAGGGCGGGGGCCAGGCCUGGGGAGGGAACCAGGAUGGCGUGGUGAACAGCCAGCCCGGCGCUCGAGUGGUGGACGAGCGUGAACAGAUGGCCAUCAGUGGGGGCUUCAUCCGCAGGGUAACAGACGAUGCCCGGGAGAACGAGAUGGAUGAGAACCUGGAGCAGGUGGGCGGGAUCAUCGGGAAUCUGCGUCACAUGGCCCUGGACAUGGGCCAGGAGAUCGACACCCAGAACCGCCAGAUCGACAGGAUCAUGGAGAAGGCUGAUUCCAACAAGACCCGGAUUGACGAGGCCAACCAGCGUGCUACAAAGAUGUUGGGCAGUGGCUAAAGUGCUGCAAAAAAAAAAGUGCUUUCACCCCCCUUUGACCCCAAAUCACCCUAAAAAAUAACCACACCCACCAAACCCAGCCCCCCGACACCAAUGGCCAGCGCCCACUUCCUAGGCGCUGCAACAUCAUGCUUCUAAUGUGUAACAUGUAGAGGUUUGCACACAUGCACAUAUCAUUCAUCCCUCUCAGUCCCGCCCUCCCCCUCCCCCCUCCCCCCUCCCCUUGUCGUCAGUGAUGCUCUGUGUUGUUGCUCUUUUGAUUUUAUGAAUAAAUUAUAGUCCUGUCACAUCGUCUUCUCUCUCUCUCUCCACACUGUACAUAGUGCUUCUUAAAUGGCUUCAUUGGUUUAGAUCAUGUCUCCUCUUUUCUUCAUCACUCUUUUUUUUUUAAGUCUGUGUGUAAUAUAAACUGUUCGUACACCUCGUUCCAACAUGUGCUCCCCCCCCAUGUCCGUGUAGGACACGCUGUCAGGAUGUCGUGAUGCUACAUGAGAAGGUCACCGUGGUUUAUAGUGAACCCGCCACCCUCGCCGCUUGAUAACAAAGCCACAACAAAGUCAGGUUUUGUAGGAUUGAUUAUAAAGUUAGUAAGUCAGUUAGUAAAAAAAUAGUUUUUUUGAUCCGACUGUUAGCGUCGUCUAAUCUAAAGCAGUGUUAUCUUUGCCAUGGUUGAUUGUAUAGUGCCCACACCUUUUUCCUCAGGAGCCAAAUCUGUCCAUCCAAAACUAAAGGCUGAAUAUAUGAACAUGUUUCAUCAAACCUGCAUCACAAGAUUUACAGCAAAUAUGUGCAACCGUUUGUGGUCUGUGUAGCGACGUUCAUGGGACCGUUUGGCGUUCACCAUAACCGAUAACUGCACUGCAAAAACUCAAAUCUUACAGAGCGUGUUUGUACAAACUAUCACUAAAGGCUUGAGCAUUCAAACACUAGGAUAAGAGAGCCAUUUCACCGUUUAUUGUGUUUGGACAGAUGGAUGGAUUGGAUGGAUGACGGACGAUCUCCUGCACAAUAAACAUCAAUAUAUAGUUAGUUAUGCAUCCUGGAAGGUAGCAGGGGAUCUAAGCGUCACACGGUCAGGAUGAAGGACUUUGUCAAACUUAAAUCGACAUUAACAGCCAUAAACAAACUUCUGUUAGAAAGUUGGACAAACAAGAAACUCCAACAACUUGUGGUAGAGCGGUGGAAGCGUGGUUGCAGACGUCGGGUGAGGCUGAAGGAUCAUGAGGCUGGGAGGGGUGUUCAGGGCUUCUUGUUCCCUUUUCUACCUGCAGGGUGGCACGUCAUGGGCAGCUAAGGCGGGGCCCAAAGGGGUUACAGGACACAUGCAGACCAAGGCAUGUGUGUGUGUGUGUGUGUGUGUGUGUGUGUGUGUGUGUGUGUGUGUGUGUGUAAUGUAUGCGGCUUCAAAAAAGUUGAAAAUUUUCUUGUAAAAAUUUCAGCUUCAAAAAAGUUCAGCUGUGUGGUUUGGAGGAAACUUCUGGGUAAUGGAGGGUCGGAUGGCUUUUUCUGCUCAGCUGCAGGAUGAACGACAGGAAGUGUCAGCUGUUUGUUGUUUUCUUCCAUGAUGGUUUUCCAGACGGCAGGUUGCAGACAUGACCAAAACCUGCUGGCCCCUUAAAUAACCUGCAAACUGCUCCUCCUCCUCCCUAUACGCUGCCUUGACACUGAUUGACUCCACCCCCUCUGCCGUCUCAGGGAAGCUUUCAGGCUUGAGAUUUUUUAAACAAUGUGUGUCCAAUUCCUGGUGGAAAAUAUCAAAUUACACUUAAUAGAAGCUACCAUCACCUGAUAUCAGGUGUCUAUAAAUGAGAUAUUUGAUGUAAAGACUUUCCAUUUCAAGACACUUUGCAUGUAAAUCUCUUGAGAUAAGAAGUUAAUCUGGACUUGUCAGGUGACUCUGGAGUGUGUUAAGUGUGAUGAGGUGUUUUUGAACCAGGAAGUCGACGAUACACUCGCUAAGAUCGGAGCUUUUGCAGUGCAGUGAUUUAUAAUGAAAGGAUGUGGAGCCGAUAGAUCCGAGUUUAAGCCGAGCCCCAAAGUCCUUCUUCACCCACCGUUCAACCCUCGCAGUAUAAAAGUCCUGAUUUAAGUGUGUUAUGCAUGUCCAUCCGCUGCUAGAAGACACUGAAUAAUUCAUUUAACCAGGCGAAAAAUAUCCUAACAUGGCAACCGCAUGCUCUGUAUGUAGGCCGCGCCGAGGAGAGGUCCCUGCUCAUCUGCAAUAGUGCCACUCUCUCUCUCUCUCUUUUUGUUUCAUGUCUCUUUACCUUUCCAGACUGUGAUCAUCACUGUAAAUUAAAAACCUUGGAAAAUGCCAAUAAAACCAUCAUAAGAACCAAAA